CUGGCGACUCUCAGGUGUAUGAUCUCACUGCAGGAAGCUGAACUGAGGAGGGUUUACAYUUCGUGUGUGUGCACACAAAACUCCCUGUAGUGGAAUUACAGCGGUGGCUGGGAGAGGGAAAAGAUCAGGAGUGCAAGCUCGCAGCUCCUACUGGAUGAAGAGGAAACAAGGUCAGACAAUUGCCGCCAGCUYGAAGUGAGCCGGCAAGGGGAGAGCUGUUCAUACACACACCUUCAUCUGAAUCCAGAGCUCCCCACAAUAAACCUACCUCUUUCCAAUGUUCUCCAUUAGCCAAGGGGRCCGUGGCUUCCUUGGGAGGAUGAUGCACGAAAAGAUGUCAUUUGGAUCAUUUCCACAGGCAAAUCRGAGKGACAUCAGCAUUUGGAAGGACAUGGCAAAUGGGACAAGUGUGGAAGAAUUCAUCCUUCUUGGCUUCCCAGGCACAUGGCAAUCCCGAGUCUUCCUUGUGGUGGUGUUUGCCCUGAUGUACACCCUGACACUAAUAGGCAAUGCAUCCAUCAUAGCCCUUGUGUGGACAAGCAGCAACCUACACACCCCAAUGUACUUUUUCCUCUGUAAUCUSUCCUUUCUGGAGAUCUGGUACACCACAGGUGCUGUUCCCAAAGCCAUAGGAGUCAUGCUGGGGACUAGCCAGACCAUCUCCUUCAGUGUCUGCAUCCUCCAGUUGUUCUUUCUUCUCUCUCUAGGCUCCACUGAGUGUUUUCUCCUGUCUGUCAUGGCCUAUGACCGCUACUUAGCCAUCUGCUACCCCCUGAGAUACAGCUCCCUCAUGAGCAGCAUCCUCUCUGUUCGGCUGGCAYUCAGCUCCUGGCUAGGAGGCUUUCUGGCCAUCUCCCUGCUGGCCUUUCUGACAUCCAGGUUGACAUUCUGUGGGCCAGACAUCAUUAAUCAUUUUCUCUGUGAUAUAGACUCCUGCGUUGCCCUCUCCUGCAGUGAUACACGGUCUGUGGAGCUGGCAACCUUCGUUGUCUCCAUAAUCGUCGUGGUGGCUUCCUGUGUGGUCACCCUGGUCUCCUACAUGUGCAUAAUCUCUUCCAUCCUGAGGAUCCGGUCAGCCCAUGGCCGGAAAAAGGCCUUUUCCACCUGCUCUGCCCAUCUCAGUGUUGUCACCAUCUGGUAUGGCUCCACCAUAUUCCUGUAUGUCAAACCAUCGGCCCAGAACUCCCUGGAGCUGAACAAAAUCGCCAAUGUCUUUAACACAGUGGUAACUCCUUGUUUAAACCCCUUCAUUUACACACUCAGAAACAAAGAGGUGAAACUUGCUCUGGGUCGGGUUUUCCAGAAGAAGUGAAGGGACKUUUCAAAGGGCAGCAGUUGAACAAACAGAUUCAUCCCCUCCCUCCCAUGGCUUCUGCCCUGCAGAUCCCCGCUGAAGUGUAGGUCUGUGUGGGCACCRCUGGCAGUGAGAAGCCACCAAUGUYCCAAUGAGCUCCUACCACCUUACAGCCCUCUCUGGCUGGGCUGAGCCUCAGUUCUSCUGUUUCCACCACCCUCUGUUCAUUCCCAGUGAUUUCAGAAUGCUUCCCAUUCCUUUAAAAUGAUUGGAAAAGGUCACAACCCCUAUCCAUAAAUGGUUCUGGAACAGAGUGUAAUGGUACUCCCACAGGUUUCUACCCCAGUUUGCCAAGUGCUUCAUUUUGUCAGGGCUUGUCUGAAUCUGUUAAAGAAACCCCAGCUACUUUAGGAAACAUUGCUUUAGGAAAUAGAUGUGUGUUUCUCCAUUCAACCUGAUGUUUUGUGGAUGAAUCUAUGCCACAUUCUUGUAGCUAUUUMAUCAAAUAGUACUCUGAUUCAAGAUAAAAUUUGGCAAUGUCUCAUAUCUCUGCCAAUAGCCAUUAUUACUAACAUAAGACUGCAAACAAAAUUUGCGUAAUUCCUCUUCUUUUCUCUCCUUAACAUCUGAAUCUACUCUCUUAUUUUUAAUUAAAAUUAUGCAAAAUUGUGUGCUUCAUAYUAGAUGUGUCAGGGCAUUUCCACAUCUAAAAACCCACAUAAUUUUCUGCAGUACAUCGUUCCACCCAUUUUGGGCUUUGUUGUGGAAAAACUCUAAUGUGUUUGGCAAAGCACUCAAAGUGCAGASCUGUGGAAGGCUGUCUGGAAAACAAGUGUAAAGUCUCUCUUUACACUCACUGGAAGGGUAUUAGUGCUUCCAAACAGCACUUGCCUUUCCCCUCCCGAGUUUCAUUUCAGUACAGGUGAAUCAUGUUCUCAAAGUUUUCCUUUUCACAUACUGACAGUGAGGAGAGUCCGUGUAACCACCUCAUAAUGAGGARGCAUCAGCGUGGUAGACAGGUGUUUAUGGAGGGUGUGGGAUUAAUUUCACCUGAGUGCAGAGCUCUCCAGGGGAGAUGAUUGAGUCUGAAUUGAACAUCUACUCCUCUCUCCUAGAAGCAAUGGUGCUUAGACCUACAUCCAGGCCCAGACACCACCAAUUCCCACUCUUUGUCAGCUGUGCUCUUUUUCAGCUGCAUUUGGGAAAAUCCCUGGGACAGCACACUGAGAAAGCAGAGAGAGCCUGUGAGUGGAUUUAUCCUCAGGUAGACAUCACUGCUUGUCAUCCGUGCUUAGGAAUGAUGCAUUUUUGGGAGAAUUGUAUAUUUGGAGUUUUGAAGCCCUCUGCAGUACCAGGGAGCAACAGAAAGCAGGAGCUGAAAUGUGCAAUAUAUCCUAGACACAGCAGAGURCACAACAGUGAGAGCUGCUGUGAAUUCUUCAUCAGCACUUCUCA